AUGGUGGAGGUAUUGGUUAGAGAAGGGAGAUCUUUGGAAGUAACUCCAACAUGGUCAGUUGCUACAGUGACCACAGUCAUGGUUUUUGUCUGUUUAUUUGUUGAAAGAUCCAUUUACAAAUUUGGGAGAGUAAAGCUUAUGCUUCUUGGGCUCAUUUCCUUGUUACUGGGGCAAUGGGCAAGGUGGAUUUCCCAAAUCUGUGUCAACUCAUCACUGUUCAACAGUAAAUUCUACAUUUGUGCAGAGACAGAUUAUGAUGACAAGAAAAGAAUGUUGUUGACAGAUGAAUCACAUCACUCCUCAAAUGCCACUCAUGAUAUUAUUCCUAAAGGAGUUAGUUAUGUCCCAUCUCAUGUUUGUGGCGAGGGUCGCGAGCCUUUCGUCUCAGCUGAGGGACUUGAACAACUUCAUCGAUUCUUGUUCGUCCUUGGCAUCACUCAUGUUCUGUACAGCUGUAUAAUAUAUAGCUGGAGGAAAUGGGAAAUUCAGGCAGGUAUUGUGGCUGAGGCUAAUGCACAAGCGAAAAGCAAGGUGAUGAGAAGGCAAUCCACAUUCGCAUUGCAUCACGCAUCUCAUCCGUGGAGUAGAAGUCGAAUUCUUAUAUGGAUGCUUUGCUUUCUAAGACAAUUUAGGAGUUCAGUGCAGAAAUCAGAUUACUUGGCAUUGAGAUUGGGUUUCAUCACAAAUCACAAGCUUCCAUUGUCCUACAAUUUUCACAAAUAUAUGGUGAGGAGCAUGGAAGAUGAAUUCUAUAGCAUUGUCGGAAUCAGAUACGAAUGCGGGCUUAACUUAGAAACCUCUGCCUCUUGCUCGACUUCUAACUGGCCACUGUGGGGUUAUGCUAUACUAUGCAUCUUCAUAAACAUACACGGUCUCAAUAUUUACUUCUGGCUCUCUUUUAUACCCGUGAUACUUGUCAUGUUGGUAGGCACAAAACUACAGCACGUAGUCUCGCUUUUAGCACUCGAAAUUGCAGAGCCACGUGGGCCCUCACCAGUCGGAACUCAAGUGAAGCCGCGUGAUGAUCUGUUUUGGUUCGGAAAACCGGAGAUUUUGCUGCGUUUGAUUCAGUUUAUAUCGUUUCAGAAUGCAUUUGAGAUGGCAACUUUCAUCUGGUCCUUGUGGGGACUGAAGAAACGUUCUUGUUUCAUGAAAAACGACGCGAUGAUAGCCAUUCGAUUGAUUUCCGGGGUCCUUGUUCAAUUCUGGUGUAGCUACAGUACUGUCCCUCUAAAUGUGAUCAUAACAACUAUGGGUUCUCGUUUCAAGAAAGCGUUGAUAGCCGAAAGCGUGCGUGAAUCCCUACACAGCUGGUGCAAGAGAGUGAAAGCAAGAUCCAAAGCAACAAAUUCCAUCACAACAAGGUCGACAUGCUCACUAGACGAGAGAGAUGAGAUCAUCACAGUUGCUUCGGGCACACUAUCUCCAUGCUCCUCAUCGGGCUCCUUGGCCCAACUAGAUAUAGAUGGGCCUUCCAGCGUGGCCCAGGAUACAGAUAGCACACGUUUGGACAGCUUUACUCAACACGAACACGAAUUCUCGUUCAGGCAAAUGCAGGAAUCGAACAUGAUGACUGAUCAGGAUGAAAUCGCUGGUGAAGAGAAUGAUGUGAUGGAUGAUGUGGAGGAAGGCAAGGCCGACACUCUUUUCGAGUUGUUCCAAAAGACAUGAGAAGAGAGAAUUAAUAGAGGAGAUAUAUAUAUAUAUAUAUAUAUU